AUGGACCCUCUCUCUGCUCUGCGAGACUUCACGAUCCGAAACGAGCUCGACAAAAUCGUCCGAGUUAACGACGAGUUCCGUUUCGCCACCGAUUACACAUUUCCUGCCUCCAUCGAAACCGCCUACAAAUCCAAACAUGGCCAUGGCAGUCGGUACACUCUCGAAACCCUAGUUUUCUUCAUCAAGAACCACCACCUCAAGCACACAGAGUACAUGCAAAGCGCUAAAUCAGAUCGUAUCAGCACCGUCACCUUCCCCGAUCGUAAACCCUUACUCGAUUACCUCACCGGCAAAGUUCUCUCCUCCGAUUCCAUNAAGAACCACCACCUCAAGCACACAGAGUACAUGCAAAGCGCUAAAUCAGAUCGUAUAAGCACCGUCACCUUCCCCGAUCGUAAACCCUUACUCGAUUACCUCACCGGCAAAGUUCUCUCCUCCGAUUCCAUAGAAUUCGAAUUCCUAGCCACCCAAUCGGACACUAAAUUUGUCGACGAGUACCGUCCCGAGGAUUCCAAUUUGAUUCCCCCUGAAAACGACUUGAAUUUCUCUGAUUUUGCGAAAGUUAGGGUUUUGGAAAAUCAAAACCCUGUGUUAAUCCUCCGAGCAAUCGAAAAACCUUUGAAAGAUUGUGAGCAGAUUUUGGAGUGUGGGAAUAGGGAUUUCUAUAGUAUAUUGAUGGCUGCGACGAAGAGAGAUGAGGAAAGGCAGAAAUUGGAACAGCAGCAAAGGAAAGAUGGGUUAGUUGCGAAAAGUAGGAUAAUUGGGGAUGAAAUGGGAGGGUUUGAUGGGGCGGCGAAGGCGAAGAUGAAUCUUAAGGGGAGCAAAAUGGGGGAAGGAGUGCCGAUCAUUUUGGUACCGAGUGCGUUUCAGACGUUGAUUACAAUAUAUAAUGUGAAGGAGUUUUUGGAGGAUGGGGUUUUUAUUCCGACGGAUGUGAAGGUAAAGCAGAUGACGGGGGGAAGGCCCGACUGCAUUACAGUGCAGAAGAAGUUUAGUAGGGAUAGGGUUGUGACGGCGUAUGAGGUGAGGGAUAAGCCGUCUGCACUGAAGGCAGAAGACUGGGAUCGGGUUGUGGCGGUUUUUGUGUUGGGGAAGGAGUGGCAGUUCAAGGAUUGGCCUUUUAAGGACCAUGUUGAGAUUUUUAACAAGAUUCUUGGCUUUUACAUGCGAUUUGAGGAUGAUAGUGUUGAGUCAGCAAAGAAUGUGAAGCAGUGGAAUGUGAAAAUUAUAUCGAUUAGCAAGAACAAGCGGCACCAGGACAGAGCUGCAGCGCUUGAGGUGUGGGAGAGACUAGAAGAAUUCAUGCGGUCGAGAUCACGUUCUUGA